AUGAGGCGGGCUUCGCUGGAGGUGACGUCGCCUAACGACGCGAAGAAGGAUAAGCGCAAUGGCAAGGCAGUGUACCACGAUAUUGACGGCUAUUUCGUGUGCACGGGAUUCGUCGACGAAUUCGUCCGUCAGGCACUCAGAUAUAAGCCCCGUCCGGACGACAUCUUCAUUGUAAGCUACCCAAAGUGCGGAACAACAUGGAUGCAGCACAUUGUCUACAAUAUCCUCAAUAAGCGGCCGCCACCGAAAGGCUUCCUGGAAAUGAGUACCGCCAUGCCAUUCCUGGAGAUGCAGGGAGCUGAAUCUGCCGAAGCCAUGCCGAGACCCGGAGCUAUCAAAACCCACAUGCCGUUUCACUUGCACCCCUACUCGAAAGAGGCUAAGUACAUCUACAUAACCAGAAAUCCCUAUGACUGCUGCGUCUCCUUCUACUACCACACCAAGAGCGUGCCUGACUACCACUUCGCAGACGGCACUUUCGACGAGUUCGUCGACAUGUUCCUGGAAGGCCAUGUGGAUUUUGGGGACUACUUUGACCACGUUCUGUCUUGGUACGCACGAAGGUUCGACGAAAACGUUCUGUUUGUGACCUACGAGGAUCUAAAGAAGGACACUGUUGGAUGGAUCAUCAGAAUUGCGGAUUUUAUCGGUGAAGAAUACGGUCGCGAAAUAAGGCAGAACAAGAGCGCGCUUUCGCGUGUAAUAAACAACACAAGUGUAAAACACAUGCAAGAUAGUGUGAACGAAGGUUACAGGAAGCAGAACGAAGUAAUGAGGUCUAUGCCUGAAGACAAGAAGCCACGCUGGAUGAAGAUUGUCGAAGAGACAUCUGGCGAAGUAAAGAAGAAUCCCAUAAUCGGAGAUUUUGUACGCAAGGGGGGCGUGGGUGACUGGCGAAAUCACUUCAACCCUGACCACGUUAUACGCAUGAAAAACAGGAUUGCCAUAAAAACAGUCGGAAGUGAUGUUAUGAGUCUGUGGGACAACAUUGGACUGCCCUGA